AUGGCUGUAGACUACUGCAGAGAUCCAUCCAUACUACGAUGGUACCAAGAAAAGCAGUUCGGGGGAGAACUGCAAGUUGAGCCCACCCUCUGCGUUCUAGAUAACUUUGAGCUCCCCGUUUCACCAGGGCUCUUGACCAAGACGGUUUUUGACGCCAUUCAUUACGCUAGUCUUGACAAUCCAGAAGGGGAAAUUUCUCAAGCUUUGCGCAUGCUGCAGGGUCACAAACACUUGUCAAUCACACACUUUUCAACCCGGGAGUCCAUUGCUCUCAUUCUCUCAAAACUGCCAAGAUACCGUACCUGCGGCUGUCAAAAUGUGUCUGUCGCUAUCAGAACCGGUUAUCGCCGGAAAAAGAGAUCGUCGCCUAUGACAUUCGUCACUGGGAUCCGGCACACGUCCAAGAUUCUACAGCUUGCGACAGCGAGACUCAUGUCAAGCUCGAGCCAGUGA